AUGGGAAGUCGAAUGAAGGCGUCUGGCGGGCCGCCAGGGUCUAAAGGCGGCCCUUUGGUGCGUCGCCAUUCAGGCGUUUUGGGGUAUUUUUCUCGGGCGAGUGUGCUCUUCAAGCGUCUGCGGCGCUACGUGACAGUUCGUUCGCUUUCUGUUGCCGUCCUCGUCUUCGGCGUCUGCUACUACGUCGUGCAGCAGCGGCUGCUAAGUGUCUCGCGGAUCAGCUUCGGGGCAGAAGGCCCAGGACUCGCCCCCGCUUUCAACAUCCCAUCUCGCUUCUUCUCGCUCUCGCUGCAGUCCGACAAAGGCACAGUGACAGAGGACGAAAAACAGGCGCUCUCGGGAAAUGAGUUCAGCGUCUCGUGGUCGACGUCACCUCGCCUGUCUGGAGGCGCAAAGGUGACGACGCAGGUGGUGAACAAGCAAGACGGAACCUUUUUGCUUCGCUACACGCUCCACGACGACAUCCCCGCAGGUUACUCGCUUACUGGGAAGCUUCUCUACGCGGGAAAGAAGCCCGAGAAGAGCAUUGUCGAGCCUUUCGUCUUCAAACUCGACGGGCCAGUCCACCCGGCCACCUGCCAGUGCCCUCAGCCUGCACACGAGUGGAAACAGGCGCUCGCGUGUUCACACACGCUGCCUCGACAACUCCAACGUGACCUCUCGAGAUUCCCCAUCAUCGACUUGGAUCGUCUGCGAAAAGACGGCCCGGCGUUUGCGGCACCCAACACUCUGCGAACGGUUAUUCACUACGUGAUCAAGAACAAUCAGAUUUUCCGUCGUCACUUCGGCCCUCUCCCGGGUUUCCAGUACUUCAUGGACAAUGUCUUGCUCUACCUCGCUGCAGCUGUCAAGCUUCCAGACGUUGAAUUUUUGAUGAAUCUCGGAGACUGGCCCUUGGAGAAGCGCGGCGCAGACGAGGGCGCCUUGCCGCUUUUCUCUUGGUCCGGAUCAGACGACACUCUCGACAUUAUUCUUCCUCAGUGGGAUGUCGUCAAGACGAGCACUGCCUUCGGAAAGUCGGAUCCCGACCUUCUCACAGUUCAAGCGGGGUCGCUCGUGCCGCUGGCCAAGCGAAUUCCGAAGGCCCUUUUCCGCGGCCGAGACAGCAACCCUGUGCGCGUGAAGCUCGCCGAACUUGCGCGGGCGCAUUCAGACCUUCUCGACGUAGCGAUCACGAGCUGGGAAAACGACACACACGCCGAACAGGAGAAGAAACUCGGGGGCGGGUACAAGGCUCGAAUUCCCCUCGAGAAAUUCGGCGAAUACAGAUACCAACUCCUCGUGGAUGGAACCGUCGCAGCCUUUCGGACGCCCUACCUCCUCAUGACUGGAAGCCUGCCUCUGAAGCACGAGUCGCGGUACUACGAGUGGUUCUACGCGGACCUGGAGGCCGGCGUCCACUACCUCCCCUUCAAGAGCGACCUUUCCGACCUCGUGGACCAACUGAAGUGGGCAGAGCAGCACCCUGUUGAGGCGCAAGCCAUCGCCGAUCGGGCUCGCCAGUACGCCCAGGAGCACCUCGCUCCCAACAAGAUUUUCUGCUACUACUUCCAAGCACUCGAGGCAUACGCCGCGCGACAGAAGGGCACUCCAACUGUGACUGAGGACAUGGUGAAAGUACAGCCGACGGCAGCUGCUCCGUCGUGUGCGUGCGAGUCAGAGGACUCCGAGUCGAAAGAGGUGGACAUUUCGUAUCCUCUGGUUCAGCUCAAUUCCAAAAACAUCGCAAGACUUCUCGGCGAAGAGCGAAAGGUCGUUGUGGUUGCGUCAUACUCUUCGUUCUGCAACAAAAGCUCGUCAUUUCUCCCGAAAUUCCUCAAGGCCGCGCGGGCGUUCGCCGCGAAGAAGGCGCCCGUCCUGUUCGCCCUGGCCGAAGGCCUCACGAACCGGUACCCAGCUCCCUACGACUUCUGCAACUACAAGUCUCAGCCGCGAGUGCUUGUUUUGCCUUCCGGUCGCGAAACCGAGAAGGUUGAGGUGAUGGACGAUUUCCUCACUGUGUUCAACAUCGUCAAGUUCGUCUCCAACCACGUGGCGGGUGAGUUUCGCCCCAGUGUCCCCGAAGACCUUCCAGAAGUCAUGUCUCAAGCUGUCCCCGCAGACAACUCGAAACCCGUCAAAGUUGUCGUCGGGAACACUUUCGACAGCAUCGUCUUCGACAAGGAAAAGGACGUCCUGCUGGAAAUUUACGCGCCGUGGUGCGGACACUGCAAGAACUUGAAGCCGCUGUACGAGGAGUUUGCGAGACUCGCAUCGCUGUCUCCGACUGCGUCCAAGUCUCUCGUAGUUGCAAAGAUGGACGGGACCGAGAACACGACCCGACACAAAGCCUUCUCGUGGUCAUCCUACCCCACCAUUUUGUUCGUCAGAGCUGGGUCGCACACGCCUAUUCCUUUCUCCGGUCCCCGGACGAUCCGAGGUUUCUACGACUUCGUUGUAAAGCACGCGAGCCACCCCAUCGACAUCGCAGGCAUUCCCCCGCCGGAGGUGGACGUCUUCUCAGGCCCCACCGCCGCGACAGUCGUCAACUCCUCCAACUUUGAUGCAAUUGUCAUUGGCAAGAAGGAUGUUCUCCUCGAGGUCUACGCCCCGUGGUGCGGACACUGCAAACGCCUUCAACCGGAAUACGAGUUAUUCGCUAAAGCUGCGGUAAAAUCUCCGACCGCGCAAGCACACCUUGUAGUCGCGAAAAUGGAUGGCACAGAAACGCGCCUUUCAAACCCCGACUUCAAAGUCACCGGCUUUCCCACCAUCUGGUUCAUCAAGAAGGGAAGCGGCAAGCCCAUCAGACACACUGGGGGCCGAUCGGCAAGGGACCUGCUGAAGUUUGUCCAGGAGCAUGCCACGUCGAAGAUCGACGUUGAAUUGCCGCCAGAAGAACCACCGAAGCCUUUGUCACAGGCAGUGCCUACCGACAACAGCGGCCCUGUGAAGGUCAUUGUCAGGGAUACUUUUGAAAAGCAGGUGUUGCAGAGUGACAAGGAUGUGUUGCUGGAGGUAUAUGCGCCGUGGUGUGGUCACUGCAAGAAGCUGGAGCCGGUGUACGAGGCAUUUGCGCGAGAAGCUGCGAAAUCACCAAGCGCUUCGAAGCAUCUGGUUGUGGCGAAGAUGGACGGCACACAAAACACGCUAGACAACCCGGAUUUCAAGUGGACAGGCUUUCCCACCAUCUGGUUCAUCAAGAAGGGAAGCGGCAAGCCCAUCAGACACACUGGGGGCCGAUCGGCAAGGGACCUGCUGAAGUUUGUCCAGGAGCAUGCCACGUCGAAGAUCGACGUUGAAUUGCCGCCAGAAGAACCACCGAAGCCUUUGUCACAGGCAGUGCCUACCGACAACAGCGGCCCUGUGAAGGUCAUUGUCAGGGAUACUUUUGAAAAGCAGGUGUUGCAGAGUGACAAGGAUGUGUUGCUGGAGGUAUAUGCGCCGUGGUGUGGUCACUGCAAGAAGCUGGAGCCGGUGUACGAGGCAUUUGCGCGAGAAGCUGCGAAAUCACCAAGCGCUUCGAAGCAUCUGGUUGUGGCGAAGAUGGACGGCACACAAAACACGCUAGACAACCCGGAUUUCAAGUGGACAGGCUUUCCCACCAUCUGGUUCAUCAAGAAGGGAAGCGGCAAGCCCAUCAAACACACUGGGGGCCGAUCGGCAAGGGACCUGCUGAAGUUUGUCCAGGAGCAUGCCACGUCGAAGAUCGACGUUGAAUUGCCGCCAGAAGAACCACCGAAGCCUUUGUCACAGGCAGUGCCUACCGACAACAGCGGCCCUGUGAAGGUCAUUGUCAGGGAUACUUUUGAAAAGCAGGUGUUGCAGAGUGACAAGGAUGUGUUGCUGGAGGUAUAUGCGCCGUGGUGUGGUCACUGCAAGAAGCUGGAGCCGGUGUACGAGGCAUUUGCGCGAGAAGCUGCGAAAUCACCAAGCGCUUCGAAGCAUCUGGUUGUGGCGAAGAUGGACGGCACACAAAACACGAUCGACCAUCCCGAGUUCAAGUAUAGAGGCUUCCCUACCAUUUGGUUAGUGAAGAAGGGCACCGGAGUCCCGAUUGAAUUCAGUGGCAGCAGAACGGUUGAGGGGCUGCAGAAGUUUGUUUCGGAUUACGCGAGUGUGAGCGGGUUGUUUGAUGUUACUCGGGAUGAACUGUAAAUUGUUUUUAGGAUCUGGUCAAGCAGUCACGGCGAAGUAUAUGCUAUUAUUUUAUAGGAGCAUAAGUGGUGUUUCCCAGAAGGCAUGCAUUAUGUGUGGGAUUGCUGUUGUCCCCUCUUUUUGUACGUUAUAUACUGCGCGUGCGGUUCAAAAGCAUCGUUUGUUAAGAUUCUGGUUGGUACUAAUCGCGUGUCUUUGCGGGGUCACAUUUAUGUGGUAACGGCGUCAGAAUGAUUCAGUCACCUUUCAAAAGCAAGAACUUCAGUUGAGCCACAGCGGCCGGCACUAUGAUGUGGAUUGAAGUUUCAUCAUAUCGAUGUAGCUCGCGAGGCUGACGACGGUAUCAAGAAAUUU